AACAGGAGCCACCGGAUGCUGCUCAGACAAAUGGCGGUCCGCCCCCGAGAGGCCCGCCCCCAAGACGAAGUCGUUCUGAAGACGGUCAGCAAAGACGCAGCGAGCAGAAUGGUCGUGAUCUUUGAAGACCAUGACCCACGACGCCAGGCUGACGACAAGGAGAAGAAGAAGAAGAAGAAAAAGAAGGAGACCGAGGAGGCGCCGGCUGCCGAGCCCGCUCCCGCCCCCGCCCCUGAGCCGCCCGCGCCCAAGCCCGCCUCCACCAAACGGGCCAGCGGCUCGAAGAGAUCCAGCAAGAAGGCCGGAAGCAGUGUGUUCUCCUGCUUCUCCCAGCAGCAGGUCAAUGAGUUCAAGGAGGGAUUCCAGCUGAUGGACGCCGACAAAGACGGCAUCCUUAACAAGAGCGACAUCCGGAGCUCCUUUGACAUCAUCGGCAGGAUCGUCUCCGACAAGGAGGUAGAUGAGAUGCUGAACGACGCACCCGGCCCCAUCAACUUCACCAUGCUGCUUUCGAUGUUUGCUAGCCGGCAGUCCGGCGAGGCCGACGACGAUGACGUCAUCGUAAACGCCUUCAAGGCCUUCGACGACGGCGACGGCACCAUCAACAGCGACGGCUUCCGGCACUCGUUGAUGACGUGGGGCGAAAAGUUCACCGCGCAGGAGGUGGACGAGGCGUUCGAGCAGUUCGACAUUGACGACGAUGGCAAGAUCGACCUGGGCGGCGUGCUCGAGUUGCUGGUCGGUGGCAAGAAGGAGGAGGAGGCCGAGGCAGCCUAGGCCGGUGCACAACAUUUCCAUUCUUCCGGUGUGACGCCUGGGCGCAACCCUCUGCACUGCACAUUCACCCACACCGACCGACCCUCCGAGAGCGGCAUGACGCCACCUGUCUGACGUCAUCAGACGUCAUCUGUCUCGUCCGGCCAAUCACCGGGCGGCAGCCCUCCGCCGGCAGCUACAGCUGUAUGAUUGUGAACAACGCGCGCUUGGAUCAAGAUUCACAGUGUAAACUUCUCUGUCUGCUCUAAAUCGGCAUAGAGGGUUACACCCCUUUCGACCGGAGUCCGUUUCGGUCGCGACUGACGUGGUAGUAUGGCUUUGUUGAUGAACUUGUUAAAUUUGUGGUAAAAUAUACUGUGGAUCAGGCACUGGAGCCUUGAAUCGGUGCUCAAGGCUCCGUGUCUUAUUGAAUGUAUAAUACGGGCCUGUAUUAUAAAUUCAAAAAAUAA